UCUCUGUCUCUCUAAUUUUUUUUUUUUUUACAAUAAUAUACAGAAGAAAGAGAAGGACCGUACUCGGUGCUUUCAACAAUGGAAGGGAAGUCAUCGCGCCCCAACCUUAAGCGCUCUAUCUAUGACGUCCAAGACGACGCCGACGAUGACAACAAACCUCCCGCGCAAAAGAGGGUCAGGUUUCCGAAGGGUAAGAAGGUUAAGCCAGGAGAUGAAGGGGUGGACAGAGGUCAAGCUGAUGAAGCCCCGAGCGAGGUACCGAAUCCUCGCCUUGCUGCUAAAGAGCGUGCAAAGCGUCGGAAUCAGAUCACUGCUGAACUGUUUACUGAAGAAAGUAGAGGCAUAAUUAAUGAUGUCACGGCAGCUGAAGUUGCUUACAUGGAUAAUGAGAACUUUGUUGAGGAUGGGAUUCAAAUGGAACCCUUCAAUCUAGAAAGAGAGAGGGAAGAAGGUUAUUUUGAUGCAGAUGGAAAUUUUGUUGAAUAUGUCAACGAUAAGGAAAUUAAGGAUGCGUGGCUUGAUAGUGUUGACGUUGAACCAAAAUAUGCUGGAAAAGGCUCCAUUGUGACAAGCAGUGAAGAUGACGUCGAUGAACUGUCUUCUGAAGAUGUCGGAAAGAUGAAGAGGCGUAUCGUUGACCUACUUGAGCCAGGAGAAACGGUUUUACAAGCUUUGAGAAGGUUAAAGGGGGCUUCAAACAACAGGAAGGAGAAGAUGUCAGCUGAAACAAAGCUGGUAUUUGACCAGCUCACUGAAGAUGCAAUGAAGCUGAUGGAGAAUGGUGAAUAUGAUGUGUAUCAUGAAAAGCGGGAGGUUUUUGAGCGAGAGGCAGAAGGUUAUGAGAGGUUAGCCAAGGCAAGAGGGGAAGGCACAUCAAUAAGUGCUGGUCAGGGGGAUUCUCAUUAUUCCAACAUGGAGCAGGGCUUGCUGUCUGAUGUAACAGAUCCUGGAGUAGCCUCUAAAGUGCUCCCUGAUCAUGUUGUGGAUACCUUGAACCCAAAUGCACCUACUGCUGAAACAUCAAGCAAUGAUGCCGAUGCUUAUGAUAUGUUCGCUGAGGAUGAUGAACAUGCUACUGCCGAACCAUUGUUUGGUGGCAGUAAUGUGGUUUCUGAUCCUAAUACUGAUACAGCAAACCAACCAUCAGCAGACAUCCUAAACGCUGAUUCAGGAAGUGGAAGUUUGAAUAGUGAUUAUGCAUAUGACGAGUCCUCUGGGUACUACUAUAGCAGCAGUUUGGGGUAUUAUUAUGACCCAUCUACAGGACUUUUUUGUUCUGCAGCAACAGGGCAAUGGUAUUCAUAUAAUGAGGAGACAGGCACAUAUGAUGUUCAUCAGGUUGCAUCCAAUGGGAACUAACGAAGGAGAGAAUUUUACUUUUUCAUUUUGGACUUUGUACCGUUCAUGGAGCUUAGAGUUAGCUGUGAAAUUGGAUAGAUAGGUUGGGAACCGAAACCAGUUCUCCUUGAAUGGAAACGCAUCUUUAAUUAUCGAUUUUCUUGCGCUAGGUCACGCUAUCUUAUGUUGUGUCAAGACAACAUCAAGUUAGCUGUUUAUAUUGUGGCUAGAUAUUGCUGUCUUCCGUUUUCGGGUGAUUACUUGGAGGCUUCGAAUGGUUUUUCCGUUCAGAUCAGUGGAUUAUCAGUUUUGGUUGAUCCAAAACCAUCCCU